AUGGGCAGUACAAGCGGUGGGAUUGUGGCCAACGAAAUUGAGGACAUGUGCCAACCUCACUCUGUUCUGCUGGACCUGCAGCAGCGAGAUCAACAGCAACGGCAACAGCCAGCAACAAAGAAAAACGAAAGCAAUCAGACCUCCCCCCCCCCAAAUCCCAAGCAAACACGAGCUGCUGCUCGAAUAGAGGCCCAAGAGCCCAUUAAACUUUGGCACGCAGCUCCCUCGGCAUCACAAGUGCGAGUCCAGGCCACCCAUUCAGCACCGUUUCAAGGUCACAGCGUGCCCUGCCUGGACUCUGCCGGCCGCUACCGGGCCUGA